GGGAUGUGAGGGAGAGAGAAGGCAAGAGAGAGAGAAAACAAGAACACUGCACUGACAGAGCUGCUUCAGGCUGGAGAUGGGAGGUUAUAGCAGGAGACUUUAGUGUCCCCGGCCACCGCACAGUCAGCAAUGAGUUAACAUUUUUGUGUGUGUGGUGGUAGGUGGAGUUUUUCACUUUCAUGCAAAGGUGUGCCUGAAGCCCUGCUGAGAAAAGGCACAUACUGCAAGGUGAGGGAAGCACAGAGAGCUUGACAAAGUUUUCCCAGAGUACAGAACCAACGCUGGGCCCAGGAUGUUGGUAAAGGAGUACCGGAUCUGUAUGCCCCUAACAGUGGACGAGUACAGGAUUGGACAGCUGUACAUGAUCAGCAAGCACAGCCAUGAACAAAGUUCUGAUGGAGAAGGAGUAGAAGUGAUCAUCAAUGAACCUUAUGAAGAUCCCAUUCAUGGCAGAGGACAAUACACCGAGAAGAGAGUCUACCUGAACAGCAAACUUCCAACAUGGGUGAGAGGAUUUGUGCCAAAGAUAUUCUACAUUACAGAAAAGGCUUGGAACUACUAUCCAUAUACUAUAACAGAAUACACAUGCUCUUUUCUGCCAAAAUUUCAAAUCCGAAUAGAAACCAAGUUUGAAAAUAACAAUGGCUGCAAUGCACAGGUAUUUGGUGAAAAACCAACUCCAGAAGAUGAUAUGUGUUAUAUUGACAUUGCAUGUGAUGAACUUCCAGAAGGUUAUUACAAAAAAUCUGAGGACCUCAGAACUUUCCGUUCAGAAAAAACUGGUCGAGGGCCAUUACUGCAGGAUUGGCAGCAAACCACAAAGCCCAUUAUGUGCUCUUAUAAAUUAGUUGCAGCUAAAUUUGAAGUGUACGGAUUUCAGUCAAGAGUAGAAAGCUUCAUUCAUAAGAACAUUAAAGACAUUUUGCUUGCAGGCCACAGACAAGCUGUGGCUUGGAUGGAUGAAUGGUAUGGCAUGUCACUAGAAGAUGUUCGGAAGUUUGAGAAAAAGCUUCAGGAGGAAACAAACUACAAAGUCAAUUCUCAGAAAAAGAAUGCAGAUCCAAAGAGUGAAAACUUGCUGAACAUUGGUGGAGGAAAGCAUUCUAUUAACAGAUCAACCUCUUGGAAUAAUGGAACGGAAGCAUGUUCUUAUGCAUCAACCAAUGGAACUACAGAAUCCAAACCUCGACCAAGGCUGCCGUCAGCUCCAGAAUAAUAUUAAGAAUUGCUAAGAUCUUCAAUUACAGAAUAGGACAUUGCUACACAAGUCCUGGAAGAUGUUACUGGAGCUUGAGAACAAACCAUUUACUAUAUACUUGAUGGGGUGAGGAGGUCACUGAUCUCCAUCUUGUUUACCUUUGAUUAGUAUGAUGCAGUAGAGGGCUACAGACCUGAACUUGUCCACGUACAUUUGCAGCGGGUGAAAUUAUUAUAACGUAAGGGAGAAUUAAAUCUACUUUAAUGCAAUGAUAUUUAUAAUAGGAUAAUGUUUUAAUGAGUGUAGGAGAAGUAGUCGACAAAACCACAAGAACGUACACAUUGAAAAUGUCACCACACUUUGUUGUGGACAAAUAAUUUUAAACUGCAGAUGAGAAACAACUUGUAAAUAUGUUUAAUACAUGUAUAUUCUUUAUGUUGUACAUUGGAGUUAUGCUGGCAAUUGUAUGUACUAUGUUUUUUAAAAAUUACUUUCUCUAUGGCUUAAGAAAAUGUCCAGGCAGCUUGUACAGAGCUGCAAUUAAAUGAUAAAUAGGUGACACUAAUACAGACUCCGCCGUACAUGUACAAAUAAGACACUGGCCCUUAUUUACUAAGAGUGUUGUGUAGGUUUCUUUGUGGGUUGUAAUUCCUUUAUUUUCCACGGUAUUUACUAAGGUUUCCCUACAUUUUCCACUUUCCCUACACUUUGCUUUUUUUAACACAUGCUCUGAUCUGUCAGGUUUUCCUCAGCUCAAAUCCACCACAUUUUAUGUGGAAACCUUAGUAAAUAUGUUGGGUUCUUGUGAAAAUGUCGGGAACAUGCCCCUUUUCAGAGACCACGCCCCAUUCUCCCGGCAACCACGCACCUUUUUGGGGUUUUCUUAGCAAAAUGGAGAGUUAGUCAGGGUUUUUUCAAUUCUGGCACAAAUUCUGGCACAAAAUCUGUCGCAGACAUAAUUUCUGGUGCAAUGUAACAGAAUCUGGCGCACAACCUGACAAAACAUGUCGGGUUUGCAAUAGUAAAUGAGGGCCAAUGUGUAUAAAUCCAGGCCUUCAGGUAACCAAUAUCCAUCUGAACAAAAGUUGACUCAAGCAAAGGAGUACACAGUAAUGUAAAGUAACCCUCCUAGCCUGAUAACUGUAGUGUAUAGUCAGAUUUGGUCAAGACUUAGAGAAGCCAUAUGAUCAUUCCACUUGGGAAAUAAACAUGGUUACUCCAUAUAUCCA